AUGUUUAAAAAAAUAGUUUCGAAUUUGAAGCCUUUUGUUUUUUCUAUAACAGCUGUUGGGGGUUCAUUCGUAAGUUAUUACUCCUACUUAGCAUAUCUCAAUAGAAAGCAAUUCUAAGAUUAAAAAGAAAAUGAUGAAUUAUAUAAAGAUACUACAAGAGAAACCAAUGAGUACUUCGGUCUUUCUUGGGGAUAUAAAGCAGAUUACUUAGUGAAGGAAAAAAUUGAUUCAGGAGAUAUUUUUUUUAUAAAAUAUGAUUGUGAUGAAUGCUUAUCUCUUAAACAAAUGAUUUGGUGCAAUUUACUUUAGACUUACAAGUAAGAUUAAGAAUAUGACUCUAUAGGAUUUGCAUACAGAGACUCAAAUGGCCUUUAUAUUAUUUCUAACCAGUUUGGAGUAACUAAGGUAAUGGAGUAUGCAGACUUUUUGUCAUAACCAUUUUUAUCAGAACUUUCUGUCAGAAAAUUAAUUACAAAAGAUUAAACAAGAGCCGAUUCUAGAGCUUUCUUCCAGAGUGUAAAGGCUCACUUUAAAAAGCUGAACCAAGCAGAUAAGCCAGAAAUUAAAGAAUCAAGUGAAGAAUUUGCUAUAAAUUACUUAAAAUCUAUAAAUAUUCUGCAAGAUUAAGUUGUGUAAGAGAAUUUAAAACCAUACAUUAGUGAGUACGAUAAAGCAAAUCCCUUUUUCUUAAAGCCUCGCUUUUCAUUUGAUAAUAAGAUAAUUAUUCGUUCUGCAACAAAUAAAUAGCUUAACAGCAGCAACUUAUUUACAUCAACAGCUUCGUUUAAUAAAUGA